GAUGAGUUUUGUGAAUAAUUUUUCAAUUUUCCAGUAGAAUAUUGUACUCCUAUGAAAGCUGGUAAACAUGUCAGAGCCACAAGUAGACACCAUUCAAGACACAGAUGUAGGGGCCUCAAAUGACUCUGAUACUGAGUGCUCGCAAAGUGUUUGCUCUGACACCCAUAGUGAUAAUACAUCUGCUUCUGUAAUCACUGAAAAAAGUACCUUAUCAGAAUCAACAAUUCAUGCUCUAUCAGUAGGGAGUGAAGGUGAAAAUGUAGGAAACCUUCCCACAUUUCCCAUAGGCUCAGAAAAAAAGCUGUCAAACAUAUCAGCAGUUUUAAAUAGAGGUAUGCUUUUACCAUGGGGUGCCCAAAAGGAAAGAUUUCCACAAAUAAUGGCAGGGCCAAAUGUCGAUGUGGACAUUCAGCCAGGAGAGUUUGUUAUGAGAAACCUUUUUGCCAAUUUUACCAUCCUAGCAGAGAAGAAAAUCGAUUUUGUAAUGACAGAACAACAGGAGAAACCCCUUUCAAAAACACUGCAAAGAGGAGAAGAUGGGCAGUUCGAUCAAUUGCUCAGUGCAUUUGGAUCAGUGGCCGAGCAUUGCUUGCCAUCACUUUUAAAAGCACUUUAUUCUUGGUAUGAGAGACAAAUGUCGGAGGUCUCUAAUCAGGAACAAAAGAAGUCAGACAUCAAACAAAAAAGUAUUAUAAACAUAGUUGCGGGUAACACAACCGAAACGGUGGAACGCUCUGAGGCUGACAUUCAAAAGGAGAAGAGAGAUUUGGCAGUUGAAUUUAUUUUCUGCCUGGUAUUGAUUGAAGUAUUAAAACAAUUAUCGUUUCAUCCAGGCCAUGAAGAUCUUGUGCAAUACAUUGAGAAUAUUGCCUUUAAACACUUUAAAUAUAGAGAAGGCAGUCAGAAUAGUCCGAAUAGUGCAAACAUUCACAUGAUAUCUGAUUUGUAUGCUGAGGUAAUAGGAGCUUUGGCACAAUCCAGAUUUAUGUCGGUGAGAACCCGUUUUAUGUCCGAACUGAAAGAACUUCGAAUGAGGGAGUCAAGUCCCUACACUACACAGAGCAUAAUUAGUUUAUUGAUGGGUAUGAAAUUUUUCCGCGUCAAAAUGGUUCCCAUUGAAGAAUUUGAGGCCUCAUUUCAGUUUAUGCAAGAAUGUGCCCAAUAUUUUCUGGAAGUUAAAGAUAAGGAUAUUAAACAUGCACUGGCUGGAUUGUUUGUUGAAAUAUUAGUUCCUGUUGCAGCUGCUGUGAAAAAUGAAGUUAAUGUUCCUUGCCUAAAAAAUUUCGUUGAUAUGCUUUAUUCGCAAACAUUAGAUGCAAGCACCAAAUCAAAACAUAGAUUAGCAUUAUUCCCUCUAGUUACAUGCCUUCUAUGUGUAAGCACAAAAACUUUCUUUCUUCAAAACUGGCACUGCUUCUUGGCAAUGUGUUUGUCACAUUUGAAAAACAGAGAUCCGAAAAUGUGCCGAGUAGCCCUAGAAUCACUUUAUAGAUUACUUUGGGUGUAUAUGAUAAGAAUAAAAUGUGAAAGUAACUCGGCGACUCAGUCCAGACUACAAAGUAUAGUUAAUUCCCUAUUUCCAAAAGGAUCUAAAGGCGUCGUCCCCAGGGACACGCCACUAAACAUAUUCGUAAAAAUUAUUCAGUUUAUUGCUCAAGAACGUUUGGAUUUUGCAAUGCGAGAAAUAGUAUUCGAUUUGUUAUCAGUCGGGCGUCCAUUUAAGUUGAUUCUCACCCCUGAAAGAAUGAGCAUUGGUUUGAGGGCAUUCCUCGUGGUCGCCGAUAGUUUACAGCAAAAAGAAGGGGAACCACCGAUGCCUAGGUCAGUGGGUGUGUUGCCGAGCGGAAACACUUUACGAGUAAGGAAGACUUUUUUAAACAAAACACUAACUGAAGAUACCGCCAAGAGUAUCGGUAUGAACGCCUACUUCCCUCACGUUCGUCGAGUUUUUGUCGAUAUUUUACGGGCCCUUGACACCCAUUACGGGAGACCAUUAAUGAUGACGAACACCCAGAAUUUAAAUAAAGAACCGGAUGAAAUGAUAACCGGUGAAAGAAAACCCCGAAUAGAUUUGUUUCGUACUUGUGUAGCUGCGGUGCCACGCCUGACGCCUGACGGAAUGACUGGAAGCGAGCUGGUUGAGUUGUUAAGUCGCCUAACUGUUCACAUGGACGAGGAAUUGAGAGCGUUGGCUUUCCAGAGUCUUCAGACUUUGGUUAUCGAUUUUCCUGAUUGGAGGCAGGACGUUUUGUGGGGACUUACUCAGUUCCUUGCAAGAGAAGUGCUGGAUACGUUCCCUUUGUUGAUGGAUAACGGCCUUAAAAUGAUUUUGACGUUACUUUGCUCUUGGAAGAGUGCCUUGGGCAACAAUACUUUCAGUACUUCUACAUUGAAACUAGGUAAAGAAUACAAUGAUGCAAAGUCUAGCCAAACACAUACAGUAUACGACCCUAAUUUAAGUAAAAGAACUGACGUUGGAAGUAAAUCAGAGCCUCUUUCUUCUGUGUUACAUUUAGUUGAAGCACUGGCUUUUGUGAUGCUGUGCAGUUAUAGACUGACUACAAGAAGAAUCUCAGUUCUCAUUCUGAAGGAAGUUAAGUGCCUGUUAAAGAUAUUGAAUUGUUCUGAGAAUCCGGCGGUCAUUGACGUAAUAGAUCAAUGCUUUCCUCAAGUUAUUGAAAAAUGUUUACCAUUGUUGCCAGCAAGUGAGAAAACUGCAAUUCAAGCUGUGGCAAAUGUAGACUUUCAGUGGUUGGCAGAGCGGAGUUCAUCUACUUGGCAAGUUGGCUUAUCUGAAGACGGUUCUAUUAAAAAUGGAGCAACUUACAAUUUUACCGCUAACGAUCCUUGGAGUGUUUGUUUAUUCGGAUUCUUAGAAAGGGACAAAGUACUGAGCCAGUGUCCCAUUAUGAUCAUGCACACUUGGCCAACAGUCUACAAUAGAUUAAAUGCUCUUUACUCUGUUGUUGAUCCGACGCCAUUAAACGACAACAGGGCAUCUUUGUUGAGAAGUGCCGCUGCUGUUAAAAAGCCACCCACUGAACGGGAUGCUUUCAUGCACUUGUGGAAAAAUUACAUCACUUUUGCAUUCAGGGUAGUCCCACUUAUUUCCAAUCCUAUUGUUCGAUGUGCAAGCCCAGAUUUAAGUUUAAGUUCAUCUCCAGAUAGUUUAAACACGGAAAGAUCUGACAACAAACUCUCUCCUACAAAUAUAUCUCCCACAGCUCUCUAUAAAUUGGUAGUACCGUUGUUGAGAUGCGAAGUAUCUGACAUGCGGGACGCUGUUGUCUAUGCCGUUGGUAACAUUAAUGGAUUGGCGUUGAGAGAUUUGUUAGACGAAUUGGGUGUAUAUAUCAGGGAAGCAAUUGACAAAAAACAAGAAAAUGUGAGGAGAAGACGAAGACGUGAUGCUUUACGUCUGCAAUUAAUGAGGAUGUUGGAGUACAUCGCGGACAAUAAUACGUUCGGUGUUAGCUCAUGUGUUUUGGACAAAGACACUCAGUCUUUGCAUCCAGUAUUGAUUGAAUACAUUGAAGGAGUUAGGUACUAUUUGGAAAAUGAGCCAGAUAAGAAUUCCAGCGGCGUCAAAGAUAUAACAUUGCACUUCUGCUACUUUAUUCGCAAACUGAUACAUAACUUCAGUCUCGAGACGUGUCGAAGUCUGUUCAAAAGAGAUUUAAGAAGAAAUUUAUUCACAUUGUUUUCCCACUGGGUUGGAAAAUAUGGUCUUUUCCCCAAUGUUUCCACGUCAGAAAUGGAAUUUCAAAAUAAAAAGAACUCAGAAUUACAACUGAUAUGUUUACAAGCUAUGAGUUCUUUACUAUGUUGUGGCCCAUGCUUUGAUUCUAAUGAUCUUGCUGAAGAAAGUUCUUUUUACACUUGGUUGGAUGGUUUACUUAACAGUUCAGAAGAAAAGGUGUAUAACUUGGCUCAAGAAACUGUUAUUCUUCUUCUUGAAUCAAAUCCUGAUGUCAGUCCAUUACUUGAUUGGGUGGUUGAUAAGUGUUACACCGGAACGUGUGCAGUAGCAGAUGGAUGCUUCCUUGCUUUGGCAACAAUAUUUAGUGCCAGGGAAUAUCCAUGUGAUCAUUAUACAGCCAUAAUCAACGUGACGUUAAUGAAUACUGGAUGUCCCAGACAAGUUGUCAGGGAUACUGCGUUGCAGUUGCUACAACUAUUGGACAAAAGGUUUUUCGGAUGUGUUGGACCACUGGGGGAAAACGAUACAGUCGACGGAAACAAAGGACGCGGAACUCUCGACACGAUAUUGGCACGAUCCUUUUGUCGCUCGCAAAUCCACCUGUCCCGCCAAUUAUCCCUGCUCCAUCCCGAACUGACCAUGCCCAUGUUCUCAGAAAUAACGUACAGAUUCCAAUCUGCACGUCCGGAGGUCCGCCAACUGCUUCUGCAGUAUUUGUUACCAUGGCUACACAAUAUGGAACUUGUUGAUCCAAACGUUCCACCCACUAUUACCAAUAUUUAUCAGUUAUACGCCAGUGAUAUGUCCACUAAAGAACGAAAAGAAGGAUGGGGUUCCGCUGAAGCAACUGAGAUGGUUCUGAAUAACAUAUUUUAUAUCACCGCAAAGUUUGGUGAUUACCAUGCCAAAGAGAUUGAGGAAGUGUGGGCCACAUUAUGCACUUCUUGGCCUAACAACAUGAAAGUUAUUAUCAGAUAUUUAAUUAUUAUAUCAGGCAUGGCGCCCAAUCAUUUGUUACUUUAUGCAAAACGAGUAGUUUUAUUCCUAGCACGUCUUCAACCAGUCAGACUAUUAGAUGAGAUGAUGUUGGAACUGCAAACAGUAGAAACACUAAAUUGUCUUAUAGAAAGGACUGAAACACCUCCUUUUUAUCGACUUACAGUUAUGAGAAAAGCUUCCAGCCAUUCAGAUGGCACAAAUGGUGUGUCUGGACAAAGUGAUUCUAAUAGCAGAAAUGACUUAAACAUAGAGAAAGGAACAAUUCACACUAAACGACACAGUGGAGAAGAUCCAUCCAAAACGUCAAUUACCAAGUCAGAAUCAGGAACGAAUAUAUUCUCUGAUUUUAAUAUGAAAGCAAGACAACCAGAUGAUUCGUAUCCAUCAGUUGAUGAUUCUCAAAAUAGCGAAGAUGUGCAAGAGCAGCCCGACAUAUCGGUUCCUCAGCCACAUCCGCUUCCAAUGCCGGAAUUUGGAGGAUACUUUGCUCCAUUGACUGAAUAUCUACCGGAUAGUUCCCUACCUAUCUCCGGUUUUCAUAGGUGCAAUGUUGGCGUUAUGCUAUUAUGUGAUGUGGUAGUUGAUGGUAUAGAACUAGACUGGACAAUACAUGUACCUCUCAUGCUGCACAUUUUAUUUUUGGGUCUAGACCACACAAGACCUUUAGUUUACCAACACUGCAAACAGUUACUUUUGAAUUUGUUAAUAGUUUUGGCUCAACAUAAUGAUCAUUUGACCGUUGCUCACAUUCUUCUUAAUAGUAAAACCAAGCAAUUGGAGCUAGGACUGUCAACGCCAACCUUGCCAGUCGUAAAACAUACUUUCACAGAAUCCGACAAACUGAUUGAAGAGUUUCUGUUGCCCACUCCUGCACCUAGUGAAGCUGUGAAUGUUACCACCAAAACACAAACUGCAACUGCUGAAGUGGACUCAGGUAAUUGGUGUCAACCUAAUUUUUCGAAUAUUUUUAAUGAACUGCUCGUCAUUAUUGUAGGAAAUUCGCCUGACGCCUCUAUUUUACCAGUAAUAAUAAUACCCGAAGGUGGAAACAACGAACCAGCGGCACCUUCUAAAAUAGAGAUUACCUUGGCCGUUGUAAUUAAGUCCCUUAUAGAAUUCCUUGCGACCCGGCAAAAUACCCAACUUUGGAACUAUGAGGACAUAACCGCUAAGGUGUGGAGCAUUAAAAGUGCUGAGCAAAUAGAUGUUUUCUUGCAGUACAUUCUUAAAAUAUUCAGAGAAUCUUUGCCGAAUGCCCAUAUUAACGAACGAUGGGCACAGACUGCUCUACAGUUAGGCCUUAGCUGCUCAUCGAGGCAUUAUGCGGGUCGAUCUUUGCAAAUAUAUAGAGCACUUCGCGUGCCUAUAACUUCGAGAAUGCUAUCAGAUAUUUUGAGCAGAUUGGUGGAAACAGUUGCUGAACAAGGCGAAGAUAUGCAAGGUUAUGUAACUGAGCUGUUGUUAACACUAGAAGCAGCAGUGGAUUCAUUAGAGUCAGACUUCAGACCGUUGGAUUUGAUGAAGGACUUCUUCAAAUCAACGCCCAAUUUAAAUAAUAAAGACGUUCCAUUAACGAAAAGAACUGUCGAAGGAGCGCCGGUCAACGUACCUGGCGUUCAGAUCUACAAUUACAAUGUCCAACAAGGUCACGCCAGAAGUACCAGUUACUCCGUGUCGUACGGGUUUAGAAAGAAUGCUUCAGUUACUUCAACAGAUAUUAAAGAGAGAAGCCGAAAUAGCGAAAUGGAACACAGAUCUGGCCUCAAUAAGUUUUCUUCUAAUUUAUCCAGAUCGCGCUCUGCGCAGAGUUUGAAAUUAUUGGGAGACACUGCCACACAAGAUGACAAAUUAACAAUCUUAGCUCAGUUGUUUUGGCUUGCCGUCUCGUUGUUGGAGUCUGAUUACGAACAUGAAUUCUUGUUGGCUGUUAGGUUGUUAGCCAGAGUGAUGCAUAGGUUACCUCUGGACCGACCUGAUGCCCGGGAUAAAGUCGAGAAGCUACAAUCGCAGCUUAGAUGGAACGCUUUUCCAGGCGUCCAUGCUUUACUGCUGAAAGGGUGCACACAUCCUAAUAUUUACGAACCAGUUGUCGCAUUGUUGUCGCAAUUUACUCCUUUAUUAAACUUUGUUGUUGUGGACCCCUCUUCGAGUGUCGCAUUUCCUAUGAACGUUAUAGCUUUAUUGCCGUACAUGCUGUUAAAUUACGAAGAUGCCAACGAGCUUUGUAUUAGAAGUGCAGAAAACAUUGCCCAAGUGAGCAUCGAAAAAAGCAAAAAACUAGAAAACCUGGGUACAGUUAUGAAUUUAUACAGUCGUCGUACAUUUAGCAAAGAAAGUUUCCAAUGGACCAAAUGCGUCAUCAAGUAUCUCUAUGACACGUAUUCUCACUUGAGUCUCAACAUGUUGACGUUCUUAGUGGAAAUAUUGGAAAAGGGACCCAGUAAUCUCCAACUACCAGUCUUGAAUAUAAUUCAUUGUGUGCUGCAUUACGUCGACUUAGCAUCGGCGGCAGCUCAGCCCAUCAACGCCGACCUACUAAGAAUUAUAGUUAAGUACAUUGAAGGUCCUCAUUGGAAAGAAUCUCUCAAGAUUUUAAAAUUGGUGGUGAGCAGAUCAAGUUCUCUUGUUGCACCUCCCACCUCCAUUCAGACACACUGGGAAAGUUCACUCAAUUCCAUGCUGCAUCCGUCGUUCAACGAGGACAAUGUGUUUUCUAAAAAGGAAUUACCAGGCCGCACUAUGGAGUUUACUUUUGAUUUGUCACAAACUCCCGUUAUUGGAAGACGAUUUUUACAUAAGACAGAUGAAUCAAGUUCCAAAACCUUGGCGACACCUCGCAGAUCUUUCUCCAUUAGUCCCGCUGACGUUAAUCCACAGUCUGGUUGGAAAAGACCCUGGAUGUGUCAGGGUCGUGUUAGAGAGUGUUUGGUUAAUCUUCUGACUACCUGUGGUCAAAGAGUCGGACUUCCAAAGAGUCCGUCAGUAAUCUUUAGUCAAACGUCUGAUAUUAUUGAAAGGCAGUCUAGCAUGGCAUCUAGUACGGAAGAAAUGUCUGCCGGUAAUAACGAUAUGAGUGGAGGCUCACGGCGAGAUGAUGCCGCCACCGAAUUUGGUGUCUUCAAAGAUUUCGACUUCUUGGAGUAUGAAAGUGAGAGUAUUGAAGGUGAAAGCACUGACAACUUCAAUUGGGGAGUUAGACGAAGACCUUUUAAUCAAGGUGAAGAAGAUCAACAAAACUUACGCCAAUUAGAGGAUAGUUUGAGUGAACAGACGCCAGUUUUAACAGUAAGAAAGGUACACGUCUGUCCUUUUAAUCAUAAUCGACUUAUGACUGAAGAGUCUUCAGAUGAUGAGUUGGGAUCGGAGUCACCUCUAGACGAAAUGGUUGCGGCACCCGAGUUUGAUAAUAGUGUUGGUGAAACGAGUUCAAUGUUUCCGCCUUCGUCCUUAAUUUUAAGGGACCACAAUUCCCAACUGAAUUCUAGCGCAAGAUCUGACACAAGUGGUUCUAGUGCGGGAGAAUUGGGAGAAGUUACGCCAUGCAAUGCUUCACCAAAUUUUUCCGGGUUGAUGAAUAUUCGAGCCAAAAGUGACGUAUUGGAAAACUGGACCACUUACAUUCAAAGUAACAUGCUGCAAACACCAGCAAAUACUUUGCAGUUCUUCCACCAGUUCCAAAAAUUAGUUGCAGACAUAUGUCUUUCAUCCAAUGAAAUUACUAGAGAAUCUUGUCAAUACAUGUCCCAGUCUGCAGUCAGUGGCUUGCCAACGAUUAAGUUGAUCAGCUCCAGACUGAGUUCAAUGAUUGAUAUAAUAUCAUACAGAGUAUUGCCAUUAAAUCUGAUUUGGUUCAAUACUUUGGCAAUAAGUAAUUCGAAGUUCUUUGAAACACUGAAAUAUGGAAUGCUUGAAGUGCAGGAGCACUUGGAAACUUUCUGUGAUAAAAGAGAUCAGGCUGCUAUGUAUUGUGAUGCAGUAAAAACAACAUUGAAAUUAGAAUAUCUGAGCGGACAACAAUCUGAUUUUCACCAUGAACAAUAUUUAUUAGAUUUAGGCAAAGCUUUAUACAAACUUUAUUUCCAAUUGUUAUUGCUGGUUGAAGCAGGAAACAAAAUGAUAGCACAAUUACACAACAGCCUAAAGAGUGUUGAGUUUAAGGAUGUGACCAGUGACCUGCUAAAUAUAAAAAAUGCUUUGGCUAGGGCAAGUGAAGAUUUAGAUGCAGAUGGGGGAAUAUCAUCAUCCAUUUCUGGCAUAAAUGACAAUUUAAUAAUAAACUUAUGUAAGCUAAUAGAGAACGAAAAGUGGACUUCCGUUAUAUUGUUCUUCAAAUGUAACCGUGAAGAAUUUUGGCGGGAUAAUGAAAAUAUAUGUGAUAAAAAUAAUGACGUCGUAUCAAUUUUAAAUAUAUAUUGUAGGAAACUAGUACAUGACAAACCAGAAUAUUUUGUAAUUACGAAUCAGGACUGUAGCUUGGCUGAUGUUUUCGGAAGACUGUUCCAAGUGUCUGCUGCCGUUUCAGAUUUGGAAGGUGUUUUGAAAGACAGCAGCCAUUCUGGCAAGGCAGACACGACUAAGUAGAUUAAAUUCUGCAUUUAAAUUUAUCAAUUAUGCAUGAUAUUAAUUGUAUAUCUAAUAUUAAAUAAACAAUAUAUUAUA